UAAGAAGAAGCCUAAGUCUAAAUCAUGGUAUAAAGUAGAAACAAGUGGUGAGCAGCUGAUUGAGGAUGCAGAUCGUGUGGUGUUUCAUGAUAACAUGAAGACCCAACACGUUCUGACAAUUAAAAACCUGAAGAAGGAGGACUCAGCAGAAUACAAAUUCAGACUCCAGGGAGAUGAUGAAGAAAGGAAACGGGAUGAUGUUCCUGGAGUCACUUUGGUUGUGAUAGGCCUCAAAGUGCGGCUGCGACCUAAAGUGGUGACAGAGGGUGGGAGAGUCUCUCUGACCUGUGGGACCAGCUGUCCUCUACCUACUAACACAAACUACAUUUGGUAUUUCAACAAUCGACCUCUGAAUCUCACAAACAACCAAAACAAACGCCUGUUUCUAGACCCAGUCAGCAGUCAGGAUGCAGGAAACUACUCUUGUUGUAUCAAAACUGGCACUAAAAGUACCUGCUCCGAUGAAAAGACUCUCACCGUCCAGAGAACCACAGGAACAUCAGCAGUCGCUACAGGAGUCGGUGUUGCUCUUUUGGUUUUGAUACUUCUUGUUUUCAUCUACUGGUUUAGCAGAAAGAAGAAGAGGACUUCAGUUCAGGUUCCCACAACUGAAGCUAAAGACAAUACGGCACAGUUAAACAAUGGCCACAAUGAGCCUUACUACAGCGAGAUCCAGUUCACCGAGAACCAGACAGAUAACAUCCAGCCACGUCAGCUCAAGGGAGAGGAGCAAGCCACUUGUACUUUUGUCAGCUUUAGACCCAACACAAACCCUGAGUGAGCUUAUUUUAGCACAACAACUUAAGAGACCCAGGAAAUGACUGAGCUUUGCAGAUGAAAGCAACAUGCAUUGAUACAUCUGUCAGUGAAGGAGACAGCUUUUUGAAUGUAUUUUACGCUUCUUUUGCUAAACAGAAUUAAACUGAUUUAUGAAACGUCACACAGCAAAAACUUAAAGAGGUCAUAAGACCAGAAAGACUUGCAGUGUUAAGAGUGAAACAUGCUCUGGCUUGUAUGUGUAUUUUAUUGUGGUCAUAAUUUCAAGUAUAACAUAAAUAAAAAUAGAAAAAAAAAUGUUUUACAUACACAUCAACUGUUAAGAAAGACAGACUUUGUAUUGGUACAAUGGUUAAAAUGGCAGAGAAUUAAGACUUAAACCUAAAAAUGGAUAUUGUUGAAACUGUUUAACAACAAAGUUGAUCUUGAUGCUACAAACAUUUCUAGAGCCUCUUCCACCAUUCACCAUUUAGUUAGAUUAAAUUAAUGA